GCCAUUUAUUACAGCGUGCAACCGCCAUUUUAGAUACACGGAUCACAGAGCUUGUUGGCGGCAACUAAACCAGCGUGGAAAUGGAAAACCAACUCUGCAAGCUUUUUGUCGGCGGACUUAAUGUCCAAACCACCGACGAAGGACUGCGCAAGCAUUUCGAGCAGUUCGGGCAGCUGACCGACUGCGUGGUUGUACAAAACCAGCAGCUGAAACGCUCCCGCUGCUUCGGCUUCGUGACCUACACCUCGCCGGAGGAGGCCGACUCGGCCAUGGCAGCUAGGCCGCACGUCCUGGACGGCAACACCGUGGAGAUCAAGCGAGCGGUGGCUCGAGAAGACGCUGGAAAGCCAGAAGCCCUUGCUAAGGUCAAGAAAAUCUUCGUCGGUGGUCUCAAAGACGACAUCGAAGAUAGUCACCUUAUUGAAUGCUUCUCGCGGUUCGGCCCCGUCGAGAAAGCCGAGGUGAUCACGGACAAAGAGACCGGCAAGAAGCGUGGCUUCGGCUUCGUCUACUUCGACGAUAACGACUCGGCGGACAAAGCGGUCGUGCUCAAAUUUCACACCAUCAACGGGCACAAAGUGGAGGUGAAGAAAGCCCUGACCAAGCAAGAGAUGCAAACGGCUGGCGGUCGUGGUGGCGGCCGGGGAGGACGAGGCGGACGCGGCAUGGGAAGGCCCCAGAACGGCUAUGGCGGUGGAAGAGGCGGGGGCUAUGGCGGCGGCUACGGAGGUGGCUAUGGCGGAGGCAACGACGGUGGCUAUGGCGGCGGCUACGGUGGUGGCUACGGUGGCGGGUAUGGGGGAGGCUACGGGGACCAAAUGGGCGGCUACGGCGGCGGUAACGGCUACAAUGACUUUGGAAGCGGCUAUGGCCAGCAGUCCUCUGGCUAUGGGCCAAUGAAAGAAAUGGCAAAACUGCUGGGAUUAAGUAAUUUCAUGGUUUUAAAUCAAGCUGGUGGAUGAAGUUUGACUGACCUGAUAGAUGUGGAAAUCUCUGCCAGUAAAUAAGGCAAUCUUCAGAAAGCAGUUGCUCCUGCCCAGGAGUACCUGGAGAGUACUUGGACAACACAGCACGGGCUGCAGAGGCUCAUACCAUCGUUCUGUGCAACAUGCCAUGGAAGUGAAAAGAUAUUGCUCUGCCAGAUCCCUCAGUUGAAAUUUGAAACUGGUUGAAAUACCAGAGCUAAUGGAGUUCCAUGUAGAAAAUGAACUGUACUUUUACAUGUUUGAUGAUUAAAUAAAAUAUAUGAAUAAAA